UACAGACUUGAAAGAGCACGCGCAUUCCCCCGAAUUCACUGCUGCGGUGUUAUUGUGCGGUCUCUCUGCGCAGUCGCCAUUGAUGGUUUCGCCAGCCCAGGAAGAAUUUUUCAUUUCUCUGGAAAGUUGAGAAAAAGCACCAAAAUCCAAACGCACUGCUACGAUUCAUACCAGGCUGGACAAAACGUGGAGCAGGAUUGAUUAUUAUUGCCGAGGAGAGGAGAUCACUCAAGUGUUCAAGCAAUAUCCAGAUUCAUACACGCUGACGAUUGCUUGGUUUUUUUUUGUUCUGGUGCCAGUGUAUGGAUGAAUUACAAUAGCAGAUAUUAGAAGGAAGAAAUGAGAGGGGAGUCAUCUGGCUUAAUCAUCGGAUUAUCAUGUGGAGUGGUGAUUGGAGUUACUUUGGCUAUAGUUGCCUUUUUAUGCUUUCGGUAUCACAAGAAGCAUUCCCAGAUUGGCAAUAGCAGUUCUCGGAGGGCUUCUACCAUACCUAUUCGGGCAAAUGGGCUCGACUCUUGUACUAUGAUGUCGGAUUCAUCCUGUGGAACUGAAUCUCCCAAGUCAACAAUAUCAAGUGUUGUGCCAAUGUGGAUUGGCGGAGUCAAGAAGGCCAAUGUGGUUUCUGCUUCAGGCAUAUUGGAGUACUCUUACAAGGACUUGCAGAAAGCCACCUAUAACUUUACAACAGUAAUUGGUCAAGGGGCGUUUGGUUCUGUGUACAAAGCUCAGAUGUCAACUGGCGAGACUGUUGCUGUAAAAGUGCUUGCAACUGACUCAAAGCAGAGAGAGAAAGAAUUCCAGUCUGAGGUUAUGUUAUUAGGACGGUUGCAUCACCGAAACCUCGUGAAUUUGGUUGGAUACUGCGCUGAGAAGAACCAACAUAUGCUAAUUUAUGUCUACAUGAGCAGAGGAAGCUUGGCAUCUCAUCUAUAUGAUGAGAAGCUUGAACCGUUGAAUUGGGAAUUAAGGGUCCAGAUUGCUCUCGACGUGGCUAAGGGCUUAGAGUAUCUUCAUGAUGGAGCAGUUCCGCCUGUGAUUCAUCGUGACAUCAAAUCGUCCAAUAUUUUGUUGGAUCAGUCCAUGAGAGCCAGAGUUGCUGACUUUGGUCUUUCGAGGGAAGAGAUGGUCAGCAAGCAAGUGUCCAAUGUUCGUGGCACUUUUGGAUAUCUUGAUCCUGAAUACAUUUCGACGCGAUCAUUUACCAAGAAAAGCGAUGUUUAUAGCUACGGAAUAUUGGUGUUUGAACUCAUUGCAGGGAGAAAUCCGCUGCAGGGUCUUAUGGAAUACGUCGAACUAGCAGCCAUGGAUACAGAGGGAAAAGUUGGGUGGGAAGAAAUAGUCGAUCCUCGGCUCGAUGGGAACUUUGAUGUCAAAGAAAUAAACGAGGUAGCGGCUCUGGCGCAUAAAUGUGUGAACCGUGUGGCCCGGAGGAGGCCAUCGAUGAGGGACAUUGUCCCAGUGCUUACGAGGAUUCUUAAAUCGAGACAUGGCAGCAAGAAGCAUGAGAGCAAGUCUAUGACUCCCCGAGGCGAUCAGGUAAUAGUAAAUAUCGAUGAGUUAGGACAGUAUCGGGGCUCAGUGCCGACGCCUCAUAGGCAUCGGCAGCAUGAGAGAGUCGAAUCUGUUGACAGCAGCAUGGCUGACUCUGUUGAUAUGUGAAGAACGAUUUUGUUCUUUCUUUCUUGAUUUUAAUGUUUCUUUUAGGAUAGGAUUCGAUUCGAUCACUUGUGUUUCUCUGCCUCUGUCUCUGUAUUGGCCUUGUUAAUUUUCUUGAUAGCUUUUUUGGGGUUGGGUUGGGUGGGUGGUUAAUUAGGCUAUGAUAUGAUAUCAUAUGAAUAUGACCUACCUUGAUUGUACAUAUAUACAGGCGACAGUGAUUUUCUUGUAAUUUUGAAUUGAAAAGUUGGUUGUACUUGU